AGUUACUGGCUACAGAUCACACAAGCCACUGGUUAGUCACUCACUGGUCAGACAAUAUGUUGACAAAAUUGCUUUUGAUCCUGGGAGCAUUUGUGCUUACAGUGAAUGCAAGAUCAGUUUCUAAAAGACCACUUGGUAAUGAUAUCCGGCGUUCAUACAAGUAUGGUGCCACACCUGACAAAAGUUUGCUUUGGCCUGGUAGGACUGUCCCAUAUGUCAUAGGAUCGGCACUCAGAGGCAGUGAGAGAAGGCUAAUCCAGAAGACCAUAGCCGAGUUCAAUCGCUUAAGCUGUAUGAAGUGGGUGCCCAGGAAAUCAGAGAAAUACUACGUCAAAUUCAAAGCCCUUGAGGAUGAGGGGUGCUAUUCUGAACUCGGGUUUGUAAGGGAAAGAGGACAAGAGAUCAAUUUGGAAGACGGCUGUGUAUACAGAGAGACUAUCCUACAUGAGAUUAUGCAUGCCAUGGGAUUUGAACAUGAACAUCAGAGAAUGGACAGAGACAAAUAUGUCAAGAUUUACUGGGAAAAUAUAGAAGCAGAUUCAAGAGACCAGUUUGACAAGUUGGAGAGUGACUACCUGAACACCAACUAUGACUAUGGCUCAGUCAUGCAUUACGAGAACGAUGCAUUCACUAGGAAUGGCCGUAUAACAAUGUCAGCUAAAAUGAAAGGCGUAAGGUUUGGUGAAGCUCCAACACUUUCUAAAACAGAUAUUGUACGCUUGAAUAGAUUGUACAAGUGCUGAAC